GGGUCAUACAUCCUCAUGCAAGCAGCAUGGCUGCCAAAAACAAGCACAGAAAAAAGUUCAACCCAAACAAAAAGGAAACAAACCAGUCGGAAGAUAGCAAUAUGGAGGAAGACUACGACGACGAAGGGGACAAUCGGACAGAGAUGGUAGACAAUAGACAUCAGGCGGAGCCGGACGAGUUUAAUCUCGAGGAGGUUCUGCGGCUCGGCGGCACUAAGGCCGACUACAUACUCCUGGCCAACUUGGACGAGUCCAACGUGUUGCUGGACGGAGGGAAGCAAGGCGCCAUAGAUGACCUGGAAGAAGGAGAACUCGAAAAGUUUAUCAUAAAUUUGGGCGUUCGCAAUUUUGCCAACUUGCAGAUCCUCCCAGACGAGACGGAAGAAAAAGCAGUUGAGAAGAAGGAGCCGUCCAAAGCGGAGAAAUCUGCUGAGGGAAAAGCUGCCAAGCCACACCAGAAGGCUUCAGAGGAGCAGAAGAAGACCAAGAAAGGAAAAGCGGCGGCGACGUCUGCGAAACGAGCCAAACAAAACGUGUUUGAGUUCCAUCAGAGGACUUUUCUACUGAUCAAACCCGGAGGCAAAUGGCAUGACCUGGAAUAUUCCGCGGAAGGAUCCACGCUAGCGCAGGAUCCCGCCUUGGUGUCGUCUUACAAGACGCUGGCUCAGCGUCUUUACGAAACUGAAGCGGCGCUGUACAAGAACAAGAAAAACCUGCAGAAAGGAGCCAACUCGGCCUGGAUGAAGACGGUGGUCUCGGCCGGCGUUCUGGCCGACAGGAUGGCGGCCAUGACGGUUCUGAUCCAGGACGCCCCGGUGCAUAUGUUAGAACACGUGGAGAACCUGGUGUCCAUGGUGAAGAAAAAGGGCAACCGACGGAUGGGCCUGAUGGCACUGGACACGCUGCGGGAGCUGUUCCUGUCCGACCUGCUGCCGGAGAACAGGAAGCUGCGCCCCUUCGACCAGCGCCCCUUCGACAAGCUGGAGGAGCUGGCGAGCGGCAACCGCGACGCCCGAGACCGCCGUCUUAUCCUCUGGUACUUUGAGCACCACCUGAAGCACCACGUGGCCGAGUUCGUGGCCGCGUUGGACGUGGUGGCCCACGACACGGUGGCGGCCACCAAGGCCAAGGCGGUGGCCACCGCGCACGAGCUCCUGUGCCAGCGGCCAGAGCAGGAGCGGGCGCUGCUGGUCCAGCUGGUCAACAAGCUGGGCGACCCCGAGUACAAGAUGGCGGCCAAGGCCUCGCACCUGCUGGAGACGCUGCUGCACCAGCACCCCAACAUGAAGGCGGUGGUGUGCUGCGAGGUGGAGCGCCUCAUGUUCCGCUCCAACAUCAGCGCCAAGGCUCAGUACUACGCCAUCUGCUUCCUCAGCCAAGUGCACCUGAGCCACGAGGAGGACGCGCUGGCCACCAAGCUCAUCGCCGUCUACUUCUCCUUCUUCCGCACCUGCGUGGGCAAGAAGGAGGUGGAGUCCAAGAUGCUGAGCGCGCUGCUGUCGGGCGUCAACCGGGCGUACCCGUACGCCAGCCGUGGUGACGAGAAGGUGAAGGAGCAGAUGGACACGCUGUUCAAGGUGGUCCACCUGGUCAAGUUCAACACGGCCGUGCAGGCCCUCAUGCUGCUCUUCCAAGUCAUGGACUCCCAGCAGAGCGUCUCCGACCGCUACUACGUGGCCUUGUAUAGGAAACUUCUUGACGCCAGUCUGUCGACAUCUACCCGUCAGAACAUGUUCCUCAACCUGCUGUACAAGUCGCUGAAGGCCGACACGGUUCUGCGCCGCGUCAAAGCCUUCAUCAAGCGUCUGCUGCAGGUCAGCGCCGAGCAAGGGGCCAACUUUGCCUGCGGCGCCCUCUUCCUGGUCUCCGAGGUCAUGCGGGCCAAGCCGGGACUCAAGACGCUGCUGCAGGAGGCCGGGGACGGGGAAGAGGCGUUCAAAGACCUCCCUGAAGAAAAGGACCCAGAAGAGGGCCACAACGAGGAGGAGGAGCGCUUCGCCGACGCCGACAAGAUGGAGGACGUCACGCCGGAGAUCAAACUUGCGCCGUCGUGGGUGCAUCAUCAGAACCUGGAAGGUGCCAAGCAAGUGCAGACGACCUACGACCCGCUGCACAGGAAUCCGUUAUUCUGCGGCGCAGACCGCACCACCUUGUGGGAACUUCACCGAUUGGCGCUGCACUUCCAUCCGUCUGUGUCGCUCUUCGCCAAAACGCUUUUGAAGGAGGAUGCGAUCCAGUACUCGGGCGACCCCCUGCAGGACUUCACCCUCAUGCGCUUCCUCGACAGAUUCGUCUUCAGAAACCCCAAACAGAUCAAGGGCAAACAGAACACGGACACGUCGGUGUUGCAGCCUAAAACCAGAUCGCACGGCAUCUCUUUAGCAGUGAACAGCGAAGAGUUCCUGGAUAAAGAAGAAAGUCAAAUUCCUGUGGACCAAAUCUUCUUUUAUCGCUUCUUCAAGAAGCGCCGGCAGGAGAACGCGCUCCGCCGGCCCAAGAGGGGCGACGACAACGAGAGCCUGGAGGAUAUCGACGACGACGAGUUCGAGAAGAUUCUCGACUCGUGCGAACAGGACUCGUACUUUGCCGAGUUCCCAGACAGUAACUUGGACUUUGCCGGGAACAUGUCGGGCGACAAAAGGAAAAAAAGCGUAAAAAAGGAUGCGGACGUGUCCGAGGACUUGGACGACUUGGACGACUUGGACGACUUGGACGACUUGGACGACGAGGAGGUGUCGGUGGGCAGCAUGGACGAGGAAGACUUUGGGGAAGACCUGGAUGAAGAAGGAGGAGCCUUCAUGGAGCCUGCCGGAGAUUUUGCUGAUGAAGGCGAACUGGAAGACGAUGACGAGCAAGAUGUGGACUUUGAUGAAGAAGUUGAUGUUCCAGACGUGACACCGCGUUCCAAGAAAGUCAAGAGGAAGGCGAGCGAAGCGCUGGACUUCACGCAGACUUUCGCCUCCAAAGCAGGAAAGAAGAAAAAGAAAGGAGAAAAAGGAACGGCCAUGUUUGCAGCGGCUGAGGAGUUUGGCUGCCUGCUGGAUGAUAACGCCGGCGCCAAGUUUGAUAACAUCGGACUGAACGCCAUGGCCAACAAGGACAAAGCAGGCGUGAAGCAGCUCAAGUGGGAGAGCCAACGCGACGACUGGAUCCACGACCGCGACGCCAAGACGCUGCGAAGGAAGAAGGCCACCUUCAACAAGAGGAAGCGCUUUGCACGUGCUAACAAGACCUCCACGAUAAUGGGAAACAAAAGAAAGCGGAAAUAGUUGUCAGCGUCCGCCGGCGUCUGUCUCCCAAUCCAAUUGGUCUCUCAGCCGCACGCCGGUCACGCCCGCCAGCUCAUUGGACUUGUAGUAAACUGUCGACGGGAGAAACCAAGAAUAACUGCUGCCGUCAUGGAGCGAAAAGCAUCAUCUAUGUUCCUACUGUGUUCUCGCUCACCUUCCAGAAUGGAUGGAAACCUUUUCUUCAUUGUGCUUCUAAAAUCUGAAACCAUUUCAA